ACGCUGACGCCCCGCUGCAGAGAACUACGGCCAGGUGCUGCGCGACACGUCCGCCGUGCUGGCGCUCAACCCCAAGAACACGAAAGCAUUCUACCGCGCCUCGCGGGCCCUCUUUGCGCUCGACAAGCUCGUCGAGGCGCUCGACUGCUGUGAGCACGCGCUGCUGCUCGAGCCGGCCAACGAGGCGUUCCUGGCGAUGCGCAAGAAGGUGCAGGCACGGCAGGCGGCCAUUGAGAAGGCGGCGCAGGAGAAGAAGGAGCGCGAGCGGAGAGAGAAGGAGGGCAAGCUGGCGCUGGACCGGGCGCUGCUGGCUCGUGGCCUCUGGGUCGAGGUGACGCCACAGCCGCCAGACAACCCCACGCCGGCACACUUCGAUCCCGAGGCGCUGCCGUCCUCCUCACGCAGCACGCUGCCGUUCUCCAACACCUCCUGGACGCCGCCAGACUGGGUGCGCACGCCGCUCAUCUUCCCUCUCUUCUUCCUCUAUCCGGCACACUCGCAGUCCGACUUCAUCUCGCACUUCCACGAGGACAGCACGAUCGGCGACCACCUCGAUGCCAUGUUCUCGGCCACUGCGCCGCCGCCGCCGUGGGACGAGCGACGGGAGUACGUGGCGAGCAAUCUCGUCGUGUAUGCCAGCACGCACGGCAAGCGCCUGCUGCGCGUUGGCCGCGCCCUCUCGCUGCGCCAGCUGCUUGACCAGGGCGCCAAGGAUGCGGAUCCAAAAACAGGCGCGCCGCGAGACGGCAUCGUGCUGCAGGAUGGCAUCCUCUCGCUCAUUGUGCUGCCCAAGGGCGACAAGGAGAAGGAGUGGGUGGAGCGCUUCAAGAAGGACCGCGACGCCACGACGAAGAAGCAAUAGAGUGACUCGUGGGUAUUGCAGAUGCAGAGCGUGACGCAGAGAACAGCGAGGAGAGCGCGGCUGCUCGAGAG